CCUAUAUUUCUAAACCACCCUUUUGAAUUUCCUGGGUUUGUUUGUCGUUUUUGCUUCGGCAUCUCCGUCCUCCUCUCUCAUCUCAAUCUCUCUCUGCGUUAAAUUCCAUCGGGAAAAAGAAAAAGUUUCUUGAAUGUUUCUUCUUCUUCUUCGAAUUCUCGAGACCCGUCACUUCCAAAUUACUUUCAAGGCAUAGAUUUUUCGAUGGCAUCAAGCUUUCUUUCGAUUCCGAAGCAGACGGUGUUCAGUCUCCACAGUGUUAGUGAUGGAGACAGAAGCAGAAUCUUCUGUUCUGCCAGAAUCUCGAACAAAAGAAUUCACGGAAACCCUAGAAAGUGCGAGUGCUUCGACUUGUACAACCGUUUGGUUCCGUACGAGAAAGCUUGGUCAUGGCAAAAAAACAUUGUCAAGGAGAAAAAGGAUCUGAUUGAUCGUAACCAUGAUUGCCCAGAUACUGUAAUCUUACUACAACACGGUCCUGUUUAUACGAUGGGAACCGGGAGUUCGGAGGGUUAUCUUAAUUUUGACAUAGAUGAUGCUCCGUUCGAUGUUUAUCGAACUGAACGUGGCGGUGAGGUCACCUACCACGGCCCUGGUCAGCUAGUUAUGUAUCCUAUAAUCAACCUCCGGAAUCACAAGAUGGAUCUUCAUUGGUACCUGAGGAGGCUCGAGGAGGUUGUCAUCCGUGUUCUUUCCUCCGCUUUCUCUAUCAGGGCUUCCCGUCUUGAAGGUUUUACCGGUGUUUGGGUUGGUGACCAGAAAUUGGCGGCAAUAGGUAUCCGGGUGUCUCACUGGAUAACAUAUCAUGGUCUUGCUCUAAAUGUCACGACGGAUCUAAAACCGUUCAGUUGGAUAGUUCCAUGUGGGAUAAGAGACCGUCGGGUCGGAACCAUAUCGGGAAUGCUUGAAGAAACCAAAGCUCACAGAGAAAAUGGAGAAGUGGAUGAUUUACAGUUGAUCAAAAUGGCUCGUGAAUCGUUGCUGAAGGAGUUUUCCGAAGUUUUCCAGCUUGGAAUCGAAAAGAGAACAGUUCUCGAUACUGAUCUUUGGAAAGCAGACAGCAUCUCAGAAUGAAUGAGUCAUUGAUGGAACACUCAACCAAAGCAUUGCGUAUCUUAUCACUUUGGUAAUAACCCAUUUUGUCGGAAUGGCAGUUGAGGAUUUACCACCAUUUUGUAACACUAAUACUGUAUUUUGUCCGAAUGGUACAAUCUUAUCUAUAAGAGCAAUGCUUUGUUUG